UAGGGUCUGUAUUAUCAAAAGAAGAUUAUUUAAGAAGUAUAGUCUGGUUUGUUCAUAUCUUUUCAAGCGGAGGAAGUAGUGAGACAUCAGUCAUGUGCCAGCUGGGUCACGUGAUAAGUCUCCACACCACACCAGUUGAGAGCGCGAGAGCAGUCAGAAGUCUGGUAGUUUUAAGGAAAAUAGGUUUAAUAACACAAUAAAUAUAGAUAUAUCAUGGCGAGCACAACUUUUGUGAUCGCCGUAUCGGUCAUGACUGUGUUUUGGGGUCUUGUUGGUGGAGUUAUUCCGUGGUUUAUUCCCAAAGGACCGAAUCGAGGAGUCAUUGUGACCAUGCUGGUAUUAACUGCUGUGUGUUGCUACCUAUUCUGGCUGAUUGCCAUUCUUGCACAGCUCAAUCCACUGCUUGGACCAUCACUGAAUAAUGAUACCAUCUGGUACCUUUACCAUCACUGGCCAUAAGAUCCAUCAUUGGAAUACUUUGCAAACGUCAUAAACCAUGUAAAUGGAUCAUGGCUUAUACCACAUAUACAUCGUACCUACACACAACGUUUUGUUAAUUCAUUUUUUUUGUUGUUGACCCCGAAUAGAUGCUGGAAGCAUGUACAUUGCCAAAACAGAAAACAUCUCACCAAUGCCUUUUGUGAAAGAUCCUUUCAGUUGAAGCUUUACAUGCUGUUCUCUUAAUCUAAGAAUGACGAUUGUUGUGUAAUAAGAUCUGUGUUUAUAUAUUUAUUUGAUUUAUUUUUAAUGGAAACAAUAUGCAAUAAAACGUUGCCUUUGUUUUGUUUGUAUUAUACAUUGCUUUUGUGUUGUGUAUAGUUUGUUAAAUAACCUGAUUAUGUUAUACAAAAGAAAGUAGUAGUUAUUUUGUCCAUGUAUGAUGUCCAAUAAAAUCAUUAAAAAGGGAGCAAA